AUGGAACCCUUCAACAACCCGAACAACCCGAACAAUCCGAACAACCCGAACAAUCCCAACAAGCCGACCCAACCUAAUGUUUUCUCGGUUCCGGGAUAUUAUCCGACGCUAGAACCGAACCAAUUCUCGCAAUAUUCAUCAAAUCCGUUUGCAUCAUUCCAACACUCGCCAAACCAAUUCGCUCAAUUCUCUCAAAAUCAAGCCCUUCAACAAAUGAUGUUGCGGGGUGCUUAUAAUUUUCCACCGAACCCGACACCACCCGUUCAACCCCAACCGAUCCCGACGCAACCCUUUCAACAAUCCGAACCCGACGACGAUGUGGAGGUUGUUCCCGAAACCCAACCGCCUAAAGGAAAAGGAAAACGAAACAAAGGCAAGCAAGUGGUGGGUGAGCAAUCGUCCAAACCGAAGUCGACUAAGUGGACGCUAAUCGAAGAAGAAGCCUUAGCCAAGGCUUACAUAGGCACGUCUAACAACAAGACAAAAGGUAAUAACCAAACGGGUGACGGGUUUUGGUCCAAGGUUUUGGCGAAGUUCCUCGACCUUAUGGACCAAGAGGAGUACGCCGUACAUGAAGCGGAGCGUCCACCGGGCCGAGACAAAUCAAAGAAGGAGCGGGCCAAGGGGAAAGAAAAGGAAAAGGUGGACCCGAAGAUGGAAGAGUUUAUGGAAAACUUAAAAAUGUACAACGAAGUCUCGGCCCAAAAGAUGAAGGCGAAGGAGCGGGUCGUCGAAGAAAAAGCUCGUGUAGCGGAAGAAAAGUUACGCGAGAAGGUCUGA